GUCGCCUUACGGGCAGCUGCGGCUGGGGGACACAGUCGGAGCCGCUAGGGCCGGGAGCCGCUCGGGGCAAGGCUCGGCAGAGCGGGUGAGUUCCCGGGCGGCGCCGCCUCCUGCGCCUGCCUCUGCGGCGCGACCAGGCGCGGGGCCCCACCAUGAGGCCCCAGCCCCGCGGGAGCCUCCGCGCUCCCUUGGCCCCAAGCGCGCCCUGCUAGCCCGCCGCUAGGCGCGAAGAAGGGGGGAAGGCGCGGUGGCCAUGGCCAGUCACGUGGACCUGCUGACCGAGCUGCAGCUGCUGGAGAAGGUGCCCACGUUGGAGCGGCUGCGGGCCGCCCAGAAGCGCCGGGCGCAGCAGCUGAAGAAGUGGGCGCAGUACGAGCACGACCUGCAGCACCGCAAACGCAAGCAUGAGCGGAAGCGCAGCGCGGGCGGGCGCCGCAAGAAGGUGGCCUUCGAGGCGAGCGUGGCGCUGCUGGAGGCCUCGCUGAGGAACGACGCCGAGGAAGUGCGCUACUUCCUGAAGAACAAGGUCAGCCCCGACUUGUGCAACGAGGAUGGACUCACAGCCCUGCACCAGUGCUGCAUCGACAACUUUGAAGAGAUCGUCAAGCUGCUCCUUUCCCACGGUGCCAAUGUGAAUGCCAAGGACAAUGAGCUGUGGACACCCCUGCACGCCGCCGCCACCUGCGGGCACAUCAACCUGGUGAAGAUCCUCGUUCAGUACGGCGCCGACCUGCUGGCCGUGAACUCGGAUGGGAACAUGCCCUAUGACCUGUGCGAGGACGAGCCCACCCUGGAUGUCAUUGAGACGUGCAUGGCCUACCAGGGCAUCACCCAGGACAAAAUCAACGAGAUGCGGGCGGCUCCGGAGCAGCAGAUGGUCUCCGACAUACACUGCAUGAUUGCGGCGGGCCAGGACCUGGACUGGAUCGAUGGCCAGGGCGCCACGCUGCUACACAUCGCCGGGGCCAACGGAUACCUGCGGGCAGCCGAGCUCCUCCUGGACCACGGGGUGCGCGUGGACGUGAAGGACUGGGAUGGCUGGGAGCCCCUGCACGCGGCCGCCUUCUGGGGACAGAUGCAAAUGGCGGAGCUGCUAGUGUCCCACGGGGCCAGUCUCAGUGCUAGAACAUCCAUGGAUGAGAUGCCAAUAGACCUGUGUGAGGAAGAGGAGUUCAAGGUCCUGCUGCUGGAGCUCAAACACAAGCAUGACGUGAUCAUGAAGUCCCAGCUGAGGCACAAGUCGUCUCUGAGCCGGCGGACGUCCAGCGCGGGCAGCCGCGGGAAGGUGGUGCGUCGAGCCAGCCUGUCGGACAGGACCAACCUGUACAGGAAGGAGUACGAGGGAGAGGCCAUCCUGUGGCAGCAGCGGAGCGCCACGGAGGACCAGCGGACGUCCACCUACAACGGGGACAUCAGGGAGACCCGGACAGACCAGGAGAAUAAAGACCCGAACCCCAGGCUGGAGAAGCCCGUGCUGCUCUCUGAGUUUCCCACCAAGAUCCCCCGCGGUGACAUGGACAUGCCCGUCGAGAACGGCCUCCGGGCUCCGGUCAGCACCUACCCGUACGCGCUGUCCAACGGAGACGUCUGGAAAGUGCACGAGAUGCCCGACUACAACGUGGCCUACGUCAACCCUGGCGUGGCCGAGGCCACCCCUCCCUGGACUGGCUACAAGGAACAGAGCCCCCAGACGCUUCUGGAACUGAAGCGGCAGCGGGCGGCUGCCAAACUGCUCAGCCACCCCUUCCUGAGUACCCACCUGGGCGGCAGCAUGGCCCGGACGGGCGAGGGCGGCAGCGAAGGCAAGGCCCCCCUGAUCGGAGGCAGAACUUCCCCGUACAGCAGCAAUAGCGGCUCGGUGUAUUACACGGUCACCAGCGGCGACCCCCCGCUCCUGAAGUUCAAGGCGCCCAUGGAGGAGAUGGAGGAGAAAGUCCACGGCUGCUGCCGCAUCUCCUAGUCUCGGUGUGCCGGAGGAGGAGAGAGCUGCUUGGGGAGGGCGGUCCCUGGAAGCCGGGCAGCUCCCCCUGGGGAGGCGGCGCCGGGCAGCAGGGGCGGCAGGUGGGCUCGGCUUUCCCAGGGAACGCAGAGUCCACCUCGCCCGCAGCUGCCCUGCCAUCCGCCCCACUCCCCUCUGCUUCCUGCUGCAUUGUCUGCUGGGGACAAAACCCCGGCCGCACUGGCUUCCGGCUGCUCCUCGCUGGCUGUCCGACUGGGGAGGGGGCAGGUGGGGAUCCCAUUUUUCUUGGGAACAGCUUCUCUGGGCGCCAGUACUCGCAUGGCACAUCCCAGUCCACACACGUGCACACACACACACAGACACGCACACACACACACACGUGGUCCAUCAGCAUGGGUUGGAAUGGUGCAGUGGGGCUCAUGGGAAGCAGGCCGGGCUGUUCCCCAAAGGAUUGAGAUUUCAAGGGACUGAUCACCACCACUGCCACCAUGGCCGUAGCAGGGGAGGGGCCUACUAGGCUGAGAUCAGGGCCCCCCCUGCAGAGUCUGGCCAGCACGGGCUGUUCUCGGUGUUCCGAAGGAGGUGUGGGCUGGGUGGUGAGAGGAGGGGGCCUCAGGCCUGUUCCCUCCAGUCUCAACCCAUUGCCAGGAGGCAGCUAUGUGACCACCAGGGGCCCACGUGGGGAAUUCAGCUAAUGUGGUUUCAUCCUGAUCAGACUUUUGCUCUUGGGAGGGGAGGCAGACGUGGGUAACGUUUCCCAGGAGUGGCCGAGAGGAGUUCUUUCAGGCCGCACAGCUCUUGGGGGCAGGUCACUGGGUUUGCUUGGGGUCGUUUCCCGACCACCAGGCUUUCCUGAUGGGUGCUGGACCCAUGUAGCUUUUGGACGGGCCUUCCCGGGGUGAGGGGAGAUCUCUUGUCCAUCCCAGCCAGCUUGUGGAGUAGCCAGAGGGAGCCGUGAGCCUGGCUGGUCUCUGACUGCAGACUGUUGGCGUCCUGCUGGGCUCCGUGUCCCCUCACCAGAGUGAGCUGGGACCUGGGGCUCGGCACUGCCUUUUUGGGGUACUCUGGUGAGACGAGUUUGCCAGUUGCUUCUGUGAAGUGGGGCCAAGUAUUGGGGCUCCCGGCCUGCUCCUGCUAAAGUAGUGAUGCUCCUCGCCACACAUUCAAGGUACCCUUGGCCCCCUGGCCAACACCCCCUACUCUGCAUUCAGGGGUGGAAGGAGGGCUGGGGUUGGGUCUCCCCUCAGCCCUGCAGUUCCAGAGUUUCCAUCAUCCUGUUGCUAAAAAAAAAAACAGAGGACCAGUGGGGGGACAUGCUGCCCAUCUCCCCUCAGCGGUAUUUCCGUUUCCCCUUGAAUUGGGCGCCAUCCACGGGCUCGGCCAAACCCACUGGGGUAAUGAAGUUUGUUCCCUGCGCGGUCUGCCUUUUAUUUGUCCAAAAACUACCUCCUCAGGGCUUGGAAAGUCCCCCACCUUUGGUCCAUCUUCUAAGAUUUGAGGGACAAGUUUGUAUUCCCUUUUGCCGUCUUCUUCCUGAGUCUAUGAGACAGGAGCCCAGAUGGGUACCCAGACCCGAGGACUGGGGCUAGGGCAGUACCCUCAUGCCCAACCCCUGCAACGGGCCCUGCUAUUGGUCGGUUCCAGUCCCACACUGCGGUUUCCCGGGCACCAGCCCAGGAGAGGGCUGGAUCCCAAGGGCCUGGCUAACGUUUGCCCACUAGAAGGGUCAGUGACAUCACUCUUUCCCGGAUGGUCCCUGGGUACAGGGGGGACAAGAACCCCGGGCCACCCCCACUCUCUCUCUGGGGCAUGGGCAGUUCAGAGACUGCAGAUGAUGCCCAUGCCAGGGGCCUGCCCUGAGUCUGGGCAGCGUGUCCACCACUGCAGCCUGGGGGCAGUGCUGGACAGGAGGAGUCAACACAUGCAUACCUCCCGUGGCUUUCAGACAAGGCUUUCACCAGACCCACGGCGAAAUUCCUCCCAAGCUGACUUUCCCGCACACUCGGGACCCCUGAGGGAAACAGCUGCACAGAGAGAGAGAGAGAGAGAGAGAGAGAGAGAGAGAGAGAGAGAGAGAGAGAGAGAGAG